AUGUCAAGCCAAAGUGGACUUGAUCUUGGGUGGUUUUAUGAUUCCGAAGAGCAGAAGCAUUCGUCUGUGAAGGAUUUCUCGUCCACAGAAAUCACUAGGAGACCGUGGAAAGCAUUCUGGCCUCCUAGAUCAGGAGACAACUUCGAUUUUUGGAUGCGAUCUGAGUUUCCAGAAGUUCUCUCGUGGCAAUUCGACCCCGACCGGCCCUUCGAUCAACCGUGGCGCGACUGGCUCAGGAGUCUACUGAUGAAAGUUGAAGCAGGCAGCUGUCGAAAACGGUUCACUUCGACGACAAUGGUAACGAGAGCGCCGACCACAGACUUCUCGGAUGAUCAAGUUACUCUUGAUUUACCCGGGGUCCAAGGUGCCACUAUCACGUAUCUAGCCCCUCUGGAGCUCUACAAAACCCAGAAGCCAUAUUUCAGCCAGCUACCCUGCGGAACUACGCUGGCUCGCACUAAUCUUGUUGAAAGCGACCACGCUGUCGAGGUCUGCGAGAUUGGAGGCAGAGAAGAUGCAUUUGACCUCGACGAGACAGGCUUCCGAUUCAUGCACCUUCCGACAGACGUGUCAGAAUGGACGGACGAAAGUGUACAAUCACAAUAUCUCCCAGUCAUAUCAGCAUGGUUGAAGGAAUACUUCAAAUGUGACAAAGUCUUCAUCUACAAUUACAACUACAAAACCGGACCGGUCCCUGAUCGACUUGGAGGUGCUGCUUACAUUUUGAACUAUGAAAACAGUGUAUGGCGCUGUAUCGCCGACGCCGACGUUGACGCCCCCCUUGCCGUUUGCGACUACCGCAGUGUAACCCCAACGGACCUGCACAGAAUCGACAUAGUCUACCCACAUUUCAGCGAGGAAGGGUUCGAAGUGACGUACAACCCUGCGCAUCGCUGGUACUACAAAAAGCGCAUGUCGAAGGAUGAUAUUGUGCUGUUUAAGAUCGAUGAUAAUCUGGAGGGCGUGGCCAAGUUUGCGCCGCAUACAUCUUUUAUUGACCCUUCGGUCUCGAGGAACACUAGUAAGAGGGCGAGCAUUGAGAUUAGGGCUAUCAUUUGCGGAUGA